AUGGAGGCGCCUUUUACGACUCAUACUGCAAGCAAAGUUCCAGUGGCUCAUCCAAUAGAGCUUUGUUUAGACAACCUUAGAGACGAGAUAACGACACUGGUCCAAAAUGAAACAACGUACAAACAGGCUUUGGAGAGCCUACAAACCGAAUUAUCGGCAUUUAAACGUGCUUAUACUGAAGUCAAUGCGGAACUCAAGACCGCUAAGAUGGCAUUGGUUGAGGUGCAACAAGCCAACGUGCAUUUAAGAGACGAAGUCAGUCAUAGGGACGACAAGGGAAACCGAGUUGUGAUGCUGAUAGAUGGAGAUGGUGCCAUAUUCUCGACCCAACUCAUUUCGCAGGGCCAGAAGGGCGGCCAUGUUGCCGCUCGACGAUUGUCCGACGAAACAAUGCAAACUCUCACCGAAAACUUCGGCGCCAGAAUGUAUCAACUCUGGGUCUAUGUCUUCUUCAACAAACAAGGUCUUCUGAAUACCCUUCGACGCUGUGGAUUCGCCGCUCUGACCAACAAAUUGGACGAGUUUGUCAUUGGGUUUAAUCAGGCUACAGAACGUUUUAUCAUGGUCGACGUGGGCAGCACGAAGGAAGCUGCCGACGCUAAACUAAAAGGUUAUCUUGAGGACGAGAUACGACUGUCGGAAACCUUCAAAGUUAUCUUUGGGGGCUGUCACGACAAUGGUUAUGUGGCGAAUUUGCACUCCCAAAUCACCGCAGGUUAUAAGGAGAAAUUGAUCCUUUUAAAGGGUUACGCCGAUAUUGCGUUUGGCAUCGCAUCGCUCGAUCUCCCCAUAAUAACCAUCCCCGAAUUGUUCUUGAAACAGAAGUUCAGCGAUGGUCCGUCCAGAGAGAUUGAUCCAAAGUUGCCUGUGAUCAAGCAGAAGCCGCCUCCCUGCAUUGCCUUCUACCUGAAGAAGGGCUGUAGUGCCGGCGCGUCGUGUAAUUUCUGCCACGACUACGUCUUGACGGAUGACCAACGAGAUGAGUUUCGGAAGGCCGUUAAGAAGACGGUUUGCCCAGUGGCAAACAAAGGCAAAGUUUGCCAAUUUGGUGAAGAUUGCUGUUAUGGUCACCAGUGUCCUACAGCAACCAACUGCUUUUUUUUGAAGCGAGGGAAUUGUCGGUUCAAGCAAGAAAACAUGCAUAUAAACAAUUAA